ACAGUGUACCUACCUCGCGCUGGGUUUAAAUUUUCGUAAGGGUCGUUAAUUUGUAAAAUCAUUAACGAUUCAAAUGUUGUAAUCACCGUUUAUAAAUUAUAUAUUUUGCGAUAAAUGCUGUAGGUGCAAUCAUUAUUUUAUUACUACAUGUAAAAACGCUGUAGCCGCCACAGAACGCCAUUUCAUGAGCGCUAUAACCACCAUAGUCAUAAAAUUUUGCAAAUUAGUUAAAAAUUUGCGUUUACAACAUUUCGAUUUAGGAAUGAUAAAAAAAUGCGUUUGUUUUGCUACGCUGUCCAGUUUUUUCUAAGCAUCGUAGAGCAAUGGGACCCAGACCAUUCGACGCAGAAAAAAUCGCUGAUUUCGAAUAUGCAAUAAAAAUUGUUUUGGUCAGGUGGCGUUUCCGCUUUUUGCCAUCGAUAUGUCAUGCACUUAGUGUUAGAUGUGCAAGUUGCAAAAAAACGAAAACGCAUUUUCACAUACAUUAUGUAUGGCCCGUCACAAAACUGGCACCCAAAAUUUGUAUAAUAAACUGAGGAUACUUUUUUUUUAUUCCAAUCAAUAGCCCUCGUGAAUCUGAAUCAAAAUAACUCAAAAAGUAUGUAAAUGGUACACUAUUUUUUAUAAACCCAUAAGAAAUCUUUUUUUAUUUAUUUCAUAAAUACCUACUUAUACAGUUUUGUUCUCCAUUAUGAUUACAAGGAUCAUAACUGUAAUAAAAACCGACUGUAAUAAAAAAGAAACUAGGAUUUUUUUGGAACUAUUUAAUACUAACACGAUACAAACUCAGAAUGCAAAAAAAACAUUAACGUUUUGUUUAUCGUUCAUCACUGACACAAAUAUUAAUCCAAUGUAUAUGAUAUUUCAGAAUAUUCUACGUGUAGCAUUCUUGCACGUGAUGGCGGGAAAUAUUUGCCUGUGGUUUGCAGCAGUUUCCACUGAAACGAGACUUGCGUACAGAGCGUACGAAACCCUCCAAAUGAAACAAAUAACUAAUAAUAAUACAAACACUUCAGUACUCCCAGCUACAGCGGACUUCAACUGGCAUGAGACUUGCAGACCAACUGCAUCUGCUGCGAAAAUCUUUGAUGAAUAUUCAGCAUAUUUGUACCCUUUUACAGUGGAGUUCAAUAUUUUAGUAGUUGGAAUCUUUUUCAUGGUCUGGAGGAAUAUAGGUAAAUGCCGACAUUCCCCAGAGGAAGUCCAAAAUUUUCAUCACUCGUUAUACGCACAGUCUAACGUGAGUGGGGAGGUAAACAGUCCUCACGCUCUGGAGAUCCACAUCAGCUGUCGCAGCGCAUUUUGUGGACUCUUCUCUAGCCUUUUCACGAUCGUCCUACUCAUCGUUGCUAUUAUACUUAGCUUCGUGCUCGGCAAUAUAAGAAACGAAGACUUUCAAUACAUCAGCCAAUAUUUUUGUGACAUUGUGAAACUAACACUUCACAUAACUAUGUUGGUAACCAGCGGAAUAGUUUUCUACAAGACGCAAUCCCUAGACAUCAACAAGCAUCCAGUCCCGUGGCUAGACGACGUCUUGUUAUACAUAUGCGUGCCGGCGUUUUUCAUAGAAUCAAUGCUGACCGUCAUUCCCGCUAUCACGACUUUAAGCAUAGUAAAAUUCUUAGAUACAAUCAUGAUGUCUUUACAAAUGAUAACAUAG